AUGAGUGGCAUUUUUAAUAAAUUAAUGUUCCCAGGAAUAGUUCCAUUCAUUCAAUCGAAGGUUCUGGCACUGCCAUGGCCAGAAAAGGUCAAAAACGUUCUGGCGCAUCCAGCUGGACCCUUUACAAUACAUUUUUACGCCCCGGCUUUUAAAUGGUCAAUCUCCUUGGCAAAUCUGUCGGACAUUAAUAGGCCAGUGGAACUGAUGUCGGUCCCCCAGCAACUAGCCGUUUCUUGUACAGGGCUAAUAUGGUCGAGAUACAGCUAUAUUAUAAUUCCAAGAAAUUAUAACCUUCUUUCAGUUAACUUCGCAAUGGGAUUGACCGGCCUUUAUCAGAUAGGAAGGAUUCUUCGCCACAAAUACUCAACUCCCCAGAACACAUAG